AUGGCGGAACCAAUACGAAGGCGACCGCGGCAGCGGACAGCAGAGGCAGAGGCAGAACUAAACGACGCCCACAGCCGCAUGAGUGGCGAUCCACCAGCAGCAGAUGCGCCAAACAUACCGCCUUCCAUGACAACCGCGUCGUCCUCGUUUUUCGCCGUGCCCACGGCUGUUCUCAGCGGUGUCGGUCUGCCUCCAUUUGGCGGCAUCGUAGGACGGUGGAUCUACAGCCGUGUUGCUCGCCAUGUGCGAUAUGGCCCGGCCAGGCAAUGCCUGCAGUGUGUCCUCACCGCCAAGGACGGCCUCCUCGUCCACGUCUGGGCGGUCCUCCAAGCGUCCGUCUUUCGCGGCCAUGCGGCCACCGCUGGCGUCCCCUACCUUCUCGCCGCCGUCGUCCUCAACCAUGCGCGCCGCACGCUCUUCUUCGGCCACCCCGCCGCCGGCUUCUUUGUCCGCCCGCAGCCCGACGACGACUGGCGCCUCUUGCUGGCCCGACCGGACGUGUUUGUGGACGAUGUUGUCAAGGCAGUGGAGCGCGGAGCGUACCUCCAGGCGGUCGUGUGGAAGGGUGUCUGGGACGCGUUGGGCGCGGCGAUGGCCAUUGCGGCGACGGCGAACGAGAACGCGCCGCGGUGGCUCCCCUUGAUCCAGUCGAAGAACAAAGCCGUCGCGCGCACACUGGCCCACCGUGCCAAGGACAUUGCUGCCACGUUGUUCACGGUCUGGCUCUUUUCCAGCUUCGAGUACGCCGUGGCUCAGGCGUCAACGACACUGGCGGUUGGGUAUGCAGUGUGGACGAUGCUGCGGGUUCCCGGCAAGGGCGGUCCAGAUCGAUUGGCGAGACUUCUUUUCGGGGGCUGUCUUAGUGCUGAAGCCUCGAUUCUCCUUUUUUGCUGGCUGCAGAUGGUUGUGUACCCCGUGGCGGGCCUGGCGCCACUCGUCGUGAGGAGUGUAUCCCGUCCCUUGCAACGACUGGGCAUUUUGCUGGCACUUGCUUUUGCCUUCGUCGCCAUGGACACCGUGGUGCGCUACCGCAGCCGACUGUACAUUUCCAUUGAGACGAGCGGGCUGUUUGUAUUUCUGGGCUAUGUAGGCAUUUCUGCAAUCAUGGUGGGUGCCAAUAGGAUGGGAAGGAGGACAACAGGCGAGACAGACCAGGGAGGAAAUAAGCAUAAAAAAUGA